AGAAUAUCCAAAUUUUUAAUUUCGUUUCCUUUCCUUUUUUAUUUAUGCUAUCAGUAAACAAUAGUACUUAUUUCCAGCUUAGUUCACCUUACCGUUAGCUUCGCAGUGCAAUUAAUUAAAACUAUUGACAAAGUGCGAGUGUAAAGUUAGUAAACAAGGACAAUGGUAACGUUGUGUGCAUAAGUGUUACGUGAAACAUUACGGCGUGAAAGUGUGUACAAUGAUGACCAGUUGAUGUUGACGACUAGUCUCCAAAAUGGUGGCCAGAGGGAGAGGGCGAAUGCUCUCUAUACUCUUCAGCGCCUUGUUGCUGGGACGAGCUAUCGCAGUGCGCGGUCACACGGAGGUGCGAGUGGAGUUACAAAUGGAGCGGUGGGCGGCCCGCGGCGGCUCCGUGCGGCUCCGCUGCGUGCACGACGUGCCGCCCCAUCUCCUUGACAAAGUGGUCUUCCUCCGGCACGGCACCAAAAUCUUCCAGUACAUUAGGGACAGGAAACCGCCUUAUAGAAACUUUACUACCCCCGGCGCCGUGCUCAAUAUCGCCUUAGCGACGGAGAACUCUAUAAUCCUGCAGAACUUGGAUUUCGCAGCGAGUGGCAGCUAUUCGUGCGAGGUGUCACUCGACACACCGAUCUAUACGAAAGCCUCGACCGAAAAACAACUCACAGUUUUCCAUCCGCAAAAGCAUCACCCGCGUAUUGACUUUCCGACGCGUUACCUGAGCUUCGGGGAAACUCUUCGCGCCAAUUGCACGACGGCUCCCGCCCUGCCAGCACCUCAUAUCACAUGGUUUAUAAAUGGCAGAAAGAUGGACGAGCUGGUAGCCCACUCUCACAAGUUCCGCGUACCGAUGAGCGAAAGGAAUGGCCGCCGCGGGUUACAGAGGACCUUCGAGUAUGACGCCGGCUUCAGCAGCCCGCCCCCACUACUGACCCUCACUCACGCCUCGCAUAUAGCUACACGCCCGCCCGGCUGCAAUCUGAAGGAACACCAGAUGACUGAAGUAAAAGAACACGAAGAAUUUAACAUCAUCCAUAUGAGCAGUCGCCACAAGAGCCGCAAGCCAAACAAGAGGGAUCUUUACGUGACAAUAUCUGAGCUGCAAGUGGUAGCGACGGGCAGGCUCGAGAUCACUUGCGUUAGCACCAUCCCCGAGUUCCGGAGCAUUGAAGAUAGGUUCGCGGAUGUUAGAAACGAUACUGUCAUAGUUGACGUCAUCAAGCCAUCAACGCUGUCUUUGCCGUCUGCGAACCUGACUACCGCAGACUCCAGCACCUCGGGAACAUCAAAAAACUUAUUUUCAUCUCUAAUGUGUAUCAUAAUUAUUUGCUUGCUCACAAUUGCUUGAUAGAGCAAGUCGUUAAAAUUUAAUAAUGGGCUGUGAUAAAAAUUUAUGUGGAAUGUUCAUAUAAUAUACAUAAUUUAACGCGCGUGAGUGAAAAUGUGAAUAGCUAAUUGUGUACAGGCACAUGUUGAAGACAGAAUACAGUGAGUUACGUAAACGAGUCUGGAACAUAUCGCAGAUGUAGCUAAUAUCUUGUCUUUUAUAACAUUGCCACUGAGUGAGUUUUAAUAUCAGUUGUAAGGUCUGGGUCUCAAUAUCAGAUUACCAACAUCCCCAAAACUGUAGACCUCGUAUUAUCAGGUUAGUUUAGGAACAACCAACUGUUGCCCCUUAUUAGAGCUUAAAAUUGACAAAAUCUGCUUCGCGAAGACUAUUAUCGAUAUACCUUCCAUUCUAACAGGUUUAAACUUAAAUUUAAUAAUAAAAGGGUGUUUUUAAAAACCUUGAAUGGUAAUUGAGGCACACCAGUUCAGGAUAAGAGGUCUUUUGAGGUCUUUUAGCUUUUAAAUCUAUGAAUACAGUAUUACACAACAGGG